CGUCAUCCGCUCUCAAAUUGUCGCAGGAGUGCUCAAAUUGUGUGUUGUUUAUUGUGAACGCGCUUAUUUUGAAUUAGUUUAUUUCAAUCAAUCAGGUACUACUCACUGAUUUAACUGUGGGUGGUACUUGAUAGUGCAACAGUCUACGUGUAUAAAGUUCCACAAUUUGUUAUUCCCUUAGAACCAGAAUUGAACGACCAAAAAAAUUAGCGACUAUGAAUAAGUACGUAAAACUUUUCUUCCGAAGAAUUAUCAAGGAUUUUCAACAGAAAGAGUUGCUGCCUUUGAAGCUAUUAUUUUUUGUCAAUGCAUCCACUAUAUUGAUCCUUUACCCGUAUUUAACAAUACACAUGAGAGAGCUUGGUAUUAAUGUAGAAGAAACAGCAAUAAUGUCGGCGGUGAUUCCAGUUAUUAGUAUUCUGAUGCCACCUAUAGCUGGUAUAAUAGCUGACAAAAUUGGAAACUUUAAGAUUUUACUAGCAAUCUUCUCUGCACUGGGUGGCGUAUCCGCUUUAAUGCUUUUAAUCGUUCCUGUUGGAAGAGUGACAGUAGUCUACCCGAGCAGUGUAGAGUUCGCGCUAUCCUGUACAGGAAACUCUCCGAUCAAUCUAUGGUUAUACCAAGAGAACCCGUGCACGCCAUUACAUUCACAUACGUAUGAAACAGACAUUCAAAUUGAAACGUGCGGCUUUGUAUGUCGAGCAAUUACAAAUGGAAGAGAUUCAAUGGCAAUUCUAGGUGCAAAAAGUUACAGCGUUCAAAUGCACAAUAUUAAGGCCAACACAACGAUCAGUGAUGAAUUCACUAACGUCAACGUGCCCGUGCACAAUUCGUUCGAAAUGUCACCUGUCAUUACGAAACGAGUUUUAAAAAAUAAUAAGAACUAUUCAACGUCGAUAAGGAAACUAGCGGCACAUUCUUACUUUUUCCCAGCCCCUGGCUUGUACAACUUUUCAUGCGGAAUUGAAAGUAACGAUAGUGAUUCUGCCGGAAGCUAUUCAUGUAAUUUUGGAAGUACGAAGCAUUCGAAAAACCAAUUUACUGUUGGAAUAGUUCCACAGUCUCAAAGCGAAGAUGACAUCGAUGAAAAUAAGCAGUUGUUUCAGUUAGCGUAUAUGAAAAAUAAACAACAGUUGCUUCCAACGACCUGUCUCGAUGGAUUUCCGACGAACAAGGAAUACAUCGUCGUUCAAAUUCCUUUGCGUCGUCGCAAUGAGACGGUAGCAUACAAAACUGUGGACUUGGGAAGCUGUGAUACGCGUUGUUUAGUAUCAAGUCCAAGAACCACCGUGUGCUCUAACAAACAGUACUUGAAGGAUGUUGAUAUUACUGUAACAUUUUGGGCCUACUUAGCUGUGAGGGUUUUUAUUGGAAUGGUAGGCGGAACAGCUUAUGCAAUGUACGAAGGUGCUGUAAUUGCUGUUUUACGUGAACAUAAAGCCGAUUAUGGAUUGCAAAGAGUGUACGCCACUAUUGGAGGUAUGAUCAGCUCUCCCAUAUCAGGUUUUUUGAUAGAUUACGCAAGUAAAGGAAAAGACUAUACCGAUUAUAGACCAAUUUUUUUCCUGUACGCAAGCUUGAAAAUUGUCUUUGCCAUUUUGGUGCUGUUUGUAAAUUUAAAAUUCAAAACACCUGCGAAUAAUGUAAUUUCGGAUGUUUUUUCUGUGUUGAAGAAAAUUGAACUGCUGGCUCUUUUCGCGGCUUUUUUCAUAUUAGGAACGGUGUGGGGAUAUAUUGAAAGUUUCCUAUUUUGGUUAAUACAAGAUUUAGGCGGCUCAAAAUCAUUAAUGGGGAUAACGAUUACUGUUGGAGGAAUAGCUGGUAUUCCACUGCUGGUUUUAUCGGGUCCAAUAAUUAAGCGUAUUGGACACGCAAAUGUUAUUUUUAUUGGUUUUCUAUUUUACGCUAUUCGCUUACUGGGAUAUUCCCUGAUAUAUAAUCCGUGGCUGUGUUUAAUUUUUGAAGCAAUGGAGAGUAUCACUUCGUCCUUAACAGUAACAGCAGUCGUAACGUAUGGAGCUAAAUUAUCUACAAUUACUACAGAUACAAGCGUUCAAGGUAUAUUGGGUGGUCUUUACUUUGGUGUUGGAAAAGGAUCGGGAAGUCUCGUAGGAGGGUACCUUAUGAAAUAUGUGGGAACUAGGACUACAUUUCAAAUUUUUUCUGCAGUGGCUGCAGUAACGGGCUUGAUUUACUUCUGUUUUAACCAUUUUUACAUGAAGAAAUGGCCCUCAGAAGGACGAGACAUAACAAAAAAAGAUUCUUUGCAACCUACCCCCAGUAUUAUCGGUGUUAAUGUGAAUGAAAAAGUUAGUGACGUUGAAACGUAUGAAUCUACCGGAAAAGAUAUAUUACCUUACGAAGAUGCCCUUACCAACUAUGGCUAUGAGGAUACAGAGAACAUUGAAACAGAAUAUACCGUUUCCAAUGGCAACACGAAAGUUUGAAAGUCAUCUACAAUGUCAUUACUUAAAAGCUUUUUAGCUAAAUUACAAACUGUUUCAGUUUUGAAUAGGGUUUUCUUCACAAUUCGACAAUACAAUGCGAUCAAAAAUGAGUUGCUGUCGAGUCGCCUUUGAAAUUUUUGUUUACAUGGAAAAUCGUAUUUAACUGAACUUC